CCCACGUCAUCCCUUUGCUGCAGCUUUACGACUAUGGAGGUCUUUGACGUUCUAGUACUGCGUGCUAUCCGCAAAGUGAUAUAUAAUCUGGAUGCUUGUACAUCAUCUGGCGUGUGGUCAAGGGGCAUGUCUUGUGAACUGAAUAGUACCUACCAUUUCUGCGUGAAUCAUAAUGGAUCCAUUGGAUAGCCACAAUUUUCCGUCGCCGGCCGGCGCCCAUAUUGAUGGUAUCGUCAGCACCGCCGCCGAGAGCAAGCCAGAUGCUGGGUCAUCACCGGCCGAAGCGACCCCGAUACAGCCAGAUCCCGGAGAAGAAAGCCUCUUCAACAUCGGGGACAGCCCGUUUGGUCUGUCGCCGGGACGUCUGUCCAGGCUCAUAGAACCCAAAUGCGUUGCCGCCCUGCAAGCGCUGGGAGGGUUACCGGGGCUUGAACGAGGCCUUCGGACGGACGUCCGAGCAGGCCUCAGCAUCUACGAGACCAAGGUGCAGAAAGCGCCGGACCAGCCAAACGGGGGCCCUGCAAAGCCGCCUUCGCUUCUCAACAAAAGGGACUCGGACCACUACAGCGACCGUCGCCGCAUCUUCGGCGAGAACCGGCUGCCGGACCGCAAAUCCAAGUCGUUCCUCGCACUGGCCUGGGUCGCGCUGCAAGACCGCGUGCUGAUCCUCCUCAGCGUGGCAGCAGCCAUCUCACUCGCGCUGGGGCUCUACCAGACCUUUGACGGCCACCACGAUGAAGGGCAGGGGCCGGCGCGCGUCGAGUGGAUCGAGGGCGUCGCCAUCAUCGUCGCCAUCCUCGUGGUCGUCCUGGUCGGCGCGCUAAAUGACUGGCAAAAGGAGCGGCAGUUCCGCAGGCUGAAUCGGAAGAAGGAGGAUCGGUUCGUGACGGUGGUGCGGUCGGGGCGGGCGGCAAGGCUGUCGGUGCAUGACGUGCUCGUGGGCGAUGUCAUGGUCGUGGAGCAGGGGGAUGUCAUUCCCGUGGACGGGGUGCUGAUUGAGGGGCACAAUGUCAGCUGUGAUGAGUCGUCGGCAACGGGGGAGUCGGAUGUCGUCAAGAAGAUGCCGGCAGACGUGGUCUCGCAACAUUUUCUGCAGCGGGAUGUGAACGAAAGAAAGCUGGACCCAUUUCUGCUCUCUGGGGCUAGGGUACUGGACGGCGUCGGGAAGUUUCUUGUUACCGCGGUCGGACCACACUCCAGCCUCGGGCGGACGAUGAUGGCGUUGCGCAAUGAUCCCGGAAUGACACCGUUGCAGGCGCGGCUAAACAUCCUCGCAGGGUAUAUCGCCAAGCUGGGGAGUGCGGCAGGGCUGCUCCUAUUUACGGUGCUCCUGAUCGAGUUUCUGGCGAGACUUCCUGGCAACACAGCCAGCAGUGAGGAGAAGGGACAGACCUUCCUCCGGAUCCUCAUCACGGCCAUCACCAUCAUUGUUGUCGCCGUGCCCGAGGGUCUGCCGCUGGCCGUGACGCUGUCGCUCGCCUUUGCCACCAAGAAAAUGACGAGGGAAAACAACCUCGUGCGGCACCUGCAGUCGUGCGAGACCAUGGGCAACGCGACUGUCAUCUGUUCGGACAAGACAGGGACCCUGACACAGAAUGUCAUGACAGUUGUCGCGGGCUGUCUGGGCAUAGGCGGGAUUACGUUUGGCGAUAAACCGUUCUCGCCUCGUCGGACGGAAAGGGGAGGUUCGGACAGUAAUGGAAUAUCCACCACUCACGAUAGCACGGGAGAGAAACAGCAGCUCACAAUAUCAGAGCUGGCAUCUACCGUGUCCCCCGAAGUCCGCACGCUCAUCAAAGAAUCCGUCGCCAUCAACAGCACAGCUUUCGAGGGCGAAGAAAACAGCCAGCCCAUCUUCAUUGGCACCAAGACAGAAACGGCACUCCUCGACUGGGCCAGACAGAGCUUCAGUCUCGGCCCCCUGGCCACGGAACGCACCCAAUAUCCACUCGUUUACGUCCUGCCCUUCAACUCCCGCCGCAAAUGCAUGGGCUCCGUCAUGCGCCUCCCCAACAACAAGCACCGCCUGCUCGUCAAGGGCGCACCAGAGGUCGUCCUGGAGCAAUGCAGCACAGCGGUCGCCGAUCCCGCGCAGCCGCCCUCUCCCUCCCCGCUCCAGGAGUCAGACAAGAAGGAAAUCUCCAACAUCGUAUCUCAAUACGCAUCCCUGUCCCUCCGUACGCUGGCCCUUGCAUACCGAGACCUCGACACCUGGCCACCACCGGAGACUGGGAGCGAAGAACAACACACCGAUGAUGGCUACGCAAACCUGUUAUUCCACAACAUGACGUGGCUCGGUGUGGUGGCCAUCCAAGACCCCGUCCGCGAAGGUGUCCCCGCUGCGGUGCGCGACUGUCGGCGCGCGUCGGUGACCGUCAAGAUGGUCACGGGCGACAAGGUGGAAACGGCCCGAGCCAUCGCGCGCGAGUGCGGUAUCAUCACCGACGACAACAACAACAAUCAUAAUGGGAUUCGCGUGAUGGAGGGCGCCGAGUUCAGCCGGUUAAGCGAGGAGCAGCGGCGGACCGUCGUUCGAGAGCUGUGCGUACUCGCCCGGUCGAGCCCCGACAACAAGCGCGUACUGGUGGAGUCGCUGCGCGCGCUGGGCGAGGUGGUGGCCGUGACGGGCGACGGCACCAACGACGCCCCUGCGCUGAAGGCGGCCGACGUGGGCUUCUCGAUGGGGGUGACCGGCACCGAAGUGGCCAAGGAGGCGUCCGACAUUAUCCUGAUGGACGACAACUUCUCGUCCAUCGUCAAAGCGCUCGCAUGGGGUAGGGCAAUCAACGACGCCGUCAAGAAGUUCCUGCAGUUCCAGAUCACGGUCAACAUCACGGCCGUGGUGCUGACCUUCGUGUCGGCCGUGGCCAGCAGCGAGGAGCGUUCCGUGCUCAACGCCAUCCAGCUGCUCUGGGUCAAUUUGAUCAUGGACACGUUUGCCGCCCUGGCGCUGGCCACGGACCCGCCCAACGGCAGCCUGCUGGACCGCGCGCCCGAACCGAGGAAGGCGCUGCUGAUCACGCUGACCAUGUGGAAGAUGAUCCUCGGCCAGUCGCUGUACCAGCUGGCUGUGUGCCUGACGCUGCAUUUUGCAGGGCCGUCGCUCUUAUGGUACUACCCCGAGCCGCAGCUGCGGACGCUGGUGUUCAACACGUUUGUGUUUAUGCAGAUCUUCAAGUUGGUGAACAGCCGGCGGAUCGACAACAAGCUCAACAUUUUCGAGGGGCUGCAUCGCAAUCACCUGUUCAUGCUCAUGCUGGCGGUUAUGGUGGCCGGGCAGGUGCUGAUUGUCUUUGUCGGUGGCGAUGCCUUUGUGGUUGUCCGGCUGAACGGUGUGCAGUGGGAGAUUUCGCUUGUGCUUGGUUUCCUGUCGAUUCCGGCGGGAAUACUGAUACGUCUGGUUCCGGAUGCUUGGCUACGGGCCUGUGUGCGAAGAGUGCCAGCCUUGCCGCGAUGGCGACGAAAGAGACAAGAGAAGGACGAGGAGGCAUGUACUAGUGCCAACGGCCGAGACCUCGAGAGCGCCAUGUUUGUGGUCAGGGACGACCUGGCCUUCCUCAAGCGGGUCCGCGGUGGGAGAAUUGCGGCGUUGAGCGAGGCCAUUGCCGUCCGUCCAGGUCAGAAUCAUGUCGAGCUUGGCCAAAGAAGGCGUUCCAAGUCGACGGUGCAGUCUGCGGUCGGUAUGCCAGGUUUACUUGCCGCCAGCAUCGGCGCAGCCCGAAGUCAGGACCACCCGCAGUGUCGAGCAGAGUAGCCCCUGAUGAAGUACCUUAUACCUUGGACUGCGAUGAUAUCAUGAGCA